UCAGUCCCUUCUCUCUCUAUGUCGUUUGCUUUGUAGGGAGGCUCCGCCGUUCUGCUCUCGCGCAAACCCUAGUUAGGGUUUCGGCCGAUUCCUCUCCUUCUCUAUAUUCCUUCUCACUGCGAGCAUUCUGAUUCUCUCCGUCUCGUGAUUUUCAUCCACUAGUUGUCUCUAUGGAUGCGUCUCGCAAGAGAGGGAGGCCGGAUGCCGCCAAUGGAAAUGGCGUUGGAUCGAAGCGGAAUAAAGAAAUGGACUCCUUUCAACCUGGUAUAGGAGGCAAAUCCAAGCCAUGCACCAAGUUUUUCAGCACUUCUGGUUGUCCAUAUGGAGAGGGUUGUCAUUUUCUGCAUUAUUUUCCUGGUGGCCUUCAGGCCGUGCAACAGUUGACGAACCUAGGCAACCCUGCUCUGGCACCUGCUGCAUGGAACCCAGUGGCUCCUCCACCCUUCCACAAUGGUGCUUCGCCCAUUGUAAAGACUCGCAUGUGCAACAAAUAUAACACUGCUGAAGGCUGCAAAUUUGGGGAAAGGUGCCAUUUUGCCCAUGGUGAACGGGAGCUUGGCAAGCUAUCAUCCAAAGAUGCUCCAAUUGCAGCACCCCCUCCCAUGGGGGGAAGACUUGGGGCAAGGUUUGACCCCGUGCCCCCUGGUGUAGAUCCUGCUGCUAGCUUCGGUGCCUCUGCUACUGCAAAGAUCAGUGUGGAUGCAUCCCUUGCCGGUGCGAUCAUCGGGAAGGGUGGAGUCAACACGAAGCAGAUAUGCCGUUUGACUGGUGCCAAGCUAUCAAUACGCGACCAUGAGUCAGACACAAACCUAAAAAACAUUGAGAUGGAAGGCACCUUUGAUCAAAUUAACCAGGCUAGUGCUAUGGUAAGAGAGCUAAUUGUCAGCAUCUCUGCUAGUGCUAAACUGCCACUCAGGAAUCCAGCUCCUUCUGCCCCGGCUGGCCCAGGAAGCAACUUCAAAACCAAAAUCUGUGACAACUUUACAAAAGGGUCUUGCACUUUCGGCGACCGGUGCCAUUUUGCACACGGGGAAAAUGAGCUUCGCAAGACACCUGCAUGAGAUUACUUUUGACCCAUGUAGUUCUGAGCAUUUUGUUUCUGGAUAUUGGAUACCGAGUUAGGGUCAUUCAACAUCUAUGCCUCCGAUGACUAUUCCACUGUUAUUUAAAACUGCUACGUUUUGUUGUUGUCUAUGUUACUGGUGCUUGGUGCUGACAAGUUUAAUCUGUGGUAGUCAACUCAGUUUCUUAGUAUUAAAGGCUGCUACAUUUUGUUCUUCU